AUGGAUGAUGUCCGGCGCACGAUCAGCGACAUCGAAACCCACACGUCCUCAGCUUCCUCACGACCUUCAGGUGCUUUGCAAUCAACGGUUUCUGAGCCGUCUAAGGAGUGGUCGGACGACAUCUUGGAGGAGAUCUCCAGGCUUGGAGAAGGCGCUGGUGGAGCUGUGCAUGAGGUGAGGGACAGGCGUAGUGGCCUCGUCAUGGCCCGCAAGACGAUCACCACUCGUGAAGCUCCCAUGAAGCAGCUCUUGCGUGAGCUCGGUAUCAUCACUAGCAUCUCCCACCCCAACAUUAUCCGCUUCUAUGGCGCAUAUAUGUCCCCCUCAUCUAGCGAGGUCAAGGUCAUCAUGGAGGUAUGCGAUGGGAAGAGUUUGGAAGCAGUUGGCAAGCGAAUUAAAGAGCGUGGUGCACGCGUUGGAGAAAAAGUCGCCGGACGGCUUGCUGAAGGGGUUCUCCAAGGUCUCAAUUAUCUUCACUCCAAGAAAUUGAUUCAUCGCGACAUCAAACCAUCAAAUAUCCUUCUCUCCCGUGAAGGUGUCGUUAAACUCUGCGACUUCGGCGUCUCGGGAGAAUUAGUCGAAUCGCACGCAGGCACGUUCACAGGCACGAGCCUGUACAUGGCGCCGGAACGUUUGUCUGGUCUGGAGUACUCCAUCCGAGCGGACGUCUGGUCCACUGGUCUUUCGCUGCUCGAACUUGUCCAAAACCACUUCCCCUUUUCCAAUGACAUGCCGCCCAUCGAAUUGAUGAUCCACAUCACCCAGAGCGAGCCUCCACAACUUGAAGACGUCGACGGCGCUCAUUGGUCAAGCGCCAUGAAAGACUUUAUCAAGGAAACGCUCCGAGUGGAUCCGGCACUUCGUCCAACGCCAAAGGAAAUGCUCUCACACCCUUGGAUAUUACGGACUAUGCAGCAAGAAGUCAACAUGGCCCGGUGGAUUCGUGAGGUCUGGGGUUGGCCAAAACCUUCGCGGAAGUCAAAAGAUAGGUGA